AUGACUUUAUCCUUUCUUUGGAGUGUUGUAAAUGAUGAUGUUUACACCACACUCUUCACAACUCUCGGAGUCAUUCUCAUUGGAUAUUUCAUUUGGCUCGCUUUUGGUAUCCAUUCUGAAUUAAAGAAACUUGGACACAUUCCUGGCACCUGGCAGGUAUGGUUUUCACCCAUCAAAAUUCCCUUUUUUGCUCCUUAUUUAUAUUUAGGAAGUAUGGGUUCAAUUCCUGAAUUGGCUAAAACUCUUGGAGAUCCUGAAACUCAAACCUUACGAAUUUCAUUAGCUCAGAGAUCCAUUAUUUGGGUUUCAGAUCCAGAAAUGUUAAAAGAACUUUUAAUUACAAAAGCCAAUCACUUUUCUAAACCAAAAUUAAUUUAUGAAACAUUCAAUCCUUUUGACAAGGGAAAUAAUGUCUUGACAGCUCCUCACACUGAAGAAUGGAAAAAACAUUUCAAAAUUUGUAGUCCUGGAUUCUCUUCUAAAAAUUUGGAAUUCAUGUGUCAAAUUUCUGUCGAAUCGACAGAUUUAAUGUUUAAGAAAUGGGAUGAACAAUUGUCACAAGAAGGAUCUUGUUUUGUGUUGAAUGUGGGAGAUUAUUCAGAUAUUACUUUGGAUGUAUUAGGAAAAGCAGGCUUUGGAGUUGAUUUUGGAAUCUUUUCUUCCAAUGAAAAAGGACGUCAACUCAGACAAUCCAUGGAUAUCAUUAUGAGAAGAGGAAUGGUUUUGAAAAGAUUUGUCAGAAAUUAUCCAUUUCUUUAUCAACUUUUAUCCAAAUGGUCUGGAGCCACACAAGCAUUGGAAACAUGUUCCAAAAUUUUAGAUCAAAUCAUUCAUCAACGAAGAGAACAAGUACAACAGAAGAAUCAAAUGAUGGAAAGUCAGAACACGAUGGAUGAAUAUGAGAGAAAUGAUAUUUUGAGUUUACUUGUGGAGGCCAACACGAAUGAGAAUUUGUUGACUGAUGAUGAGCUUAAAAGCAAUGCAUUUAUUUUGACAUUGGCUGGACAUGAAACGACAAGCACUCUCUUACAAUGGACCACCUUUGAACUCUCUCAAAGACCUGAAGUUCAGAAAAAACUCCAAAACGAAGUCACUCGAGUGUUAAAUGGAAGAAAUCCAACCUAUCAUGAUUUUGAUUCACUUGAAUAUGUCAAUGCUGUCAUUAUGGAAGUAUUACGUACUCAUCCACCCGUCGUAGGAGUUGCUAAACAAGUCUCUAAAAAAGAUACUACUCUUGGAAAGUAUCAAAUUCCAAAAGGAUCUUUUAUUAAUGUAUUUAUUUUAAAUGUUCACAAAAAGGAAUCCAUUUGGAAGAAUGCAAAUGAAUUUGAUCCAGAGAGAUUUAAAGAUGCUGAAACGAGAAAUCGAGUUCAACAUGAUUUUACAUGGAUGCCAUUCUCAAUGGGAAAUAGAAAAUGCAUUGGUUAUCGUUUCUCUUUAUUAGAAGCAUGUAUGAUUUUAACCAAACUUGUACAACGAUAUGAAUUUGUGUUAUUGAAUGAUGAAAAAGAUCCAGUGGGAUGUUCUGUUCGUGUGGUACAAAGACCAACUAAUUUGAAAGUGGCAGUGUCAAAGAGAGAGAAUUGA